UCUCCAACCAAUGGGAGCGCCCGCAUCGCACCAUAUGACUUCCCUGCUCUAUCAUUCUUUUAUCUCAAAUGUUCAUAUUCUCCCUGCAAAAACACUCAUAUUUCAUACCACGAUUAUUCUGGAAGCACAUUCUGAAAUAUUUAUUCUCUGAAGGUGUCUGACGCCCACGCACAUUCAAGUGAAGGAGCUUUGUUUCUCCCGGACAAUGUAUUAAUUUCCACACAGUAGGAUAUAAUCUGGUAUUAUGUGUAUUGACACUCAGUUGUCGCUUUUACAGACUGGUUAAACGAGGACUGCAAUGCAUCAUUAGUUCCGAGCCUUUAACAUAAUAUAACCUCUGUCUCCACUUUCCAAAGUCCCGUACUAAUUCAGAGAUAUCUUCCUUAAUACGAAGAGAAAGUUGCAGCCUUUUAGUAAAAACGUUGCUAAAUUGCUGAGCCUAAUCAAGAGAGAUCAACUGACGUGGCAAAGCAUCAUCGUGUGGGCGUGGCUUAGUAUUGUCAACAUCCUGGUGACAUAACCAGUUUCUCCAAAAUGGCGACCGCGGACCACAGGGAAGCAGGUCAGGACGACCCAGAGAGCGAGGAUGAGGUUUACGAGGUCGUGGACCUGACAGAAUAUGCCCGCAGGCACCAGUGGUGGAGCAGGGUGUUCGGGAACAACUCCGGCCCGAUUGCUGAGAAGUAUUCCGUGACCACCCAGCUCAUGAUGGGAGGGGUGACUGGAUGGUGUGCUGGAUACCUCUUCCAGAGAGUUGGGAAGAUAGCGGCUACGGCUGUUGGAGGAGGGUUCCUUCUUUUACAGAUUGCCAAUCACAGUGGCUACGUGCAGGUGGACUGGAAGAAGGUGGAGAAGGACGUAAACAAAGCGAAGAAGCACCUGAAGAAGAAAGCAAACAAAGCAGCCCCUGAAAUAAACACAUUCAUUGAGGAGGUAAAGGCCACAGACUUUAUAAAAAGGAACAUCGUCUUGUCCAGCGGCUUCGUCGGCGGCUUCUUUCUGGGUCUGGCCUCUUAAAAGCUGCCGCGCACGCUCGCGGCCUCCCCUUACUGUGAAUCACAUCACUACAUAGGUCACUCUCCUCUCCAUUUGUUUACCUCUCAGCCCCAUGCGUGCGUUGAUUCACCUUUUAACGAACUGAAUGGGUGGGGGGGGGGAAUGGGGUUUAUGUUAAAACAUUAAAAGCAUGAUCUGUUGUGACAGUGGUAUUAACUGUAACUACGCCUUCAUGUUUUAAAUCAAUCCUAGCUAAUGAAUUACUUUUCAGGAGGACUGAGUGCACAUUCUUAAGCGUGUGUGUGUGUGGUGGCUCAGUCGGGAAUUUGGGUGCUUGGAUUAUUAUACUGUGAAGACUGUCUUCUGUGGGGACCCUUAAUGGAUCUUUGCCAGACUGCUGAAUAUGUCAAGCUGCCACAAACUAGCACAGAUUCCUCAUUGCUUUUUCCCCCCAACACUGAUCUGAGUCUAGAAUGUCCGUCCCCUCGUGUAUUGGCCAGGCGGAUGCUGAUCUCAGAUUGUUAGGAAUCGGCGUGUGUGGGCGCCACUGUGAGUAUAUAGCCAACCCCCUUUUUCAGAGCUGUAUAUUAUAUAAACGACAUUGGAAGGCAGCAGAGUGGGAAGUUAACACCAUCCUCCAGUCUACUGCUUGGAGGUAUUUUUUUAUGUAGCUGUGAAGUUUGGCGAGUUUAUGUGCCAUCUAAGCAUGUAAGCAAACAGUUUUAAAAAAAAAAAAAAAGUUUGUCACACUGUCUGGGGGGUUAAACAAAGUUACUUUCCCACUCUGAGCAGGAGUUAUUAAUAUACAACACAUAUCAUGAGCAUAAAUUGCAACUACAUUUUGUCUACUUCACAUGGACAACAAAGAAUAUUAAACACAGAUCCCUUUUAUUCCCAUAAUCCUCAGCUCCACAAUGUCCUUUAAUGACCGGAUGAGCAUCUGCUGCACCCUAAUUACCACCAUCAACAAGCUAGACACCAAAAGAGACACCGGUCCCGUCAUUAAAAGAGCAUAAUGGAGCAGCGAUUGUGACUCCUACGCCCUCGCUAUUGUCAUUGUGCAUUUAGUGGUGUCAGUGUAGCAAUAACACAACGGCGACGCUGCUCUCGCUUUAAUUAUGUAGAUAGGACAUCCACACACAGGAGUCCGCUUAAGUUGAUCACAAGUUGCUUUGAUUUGCCUUUUUUCUUCCAGUGCAAUAUACUGUAAUGUUUCUGAUGUACUUUGUUUUUUUUUUUUUCUUUGAAGAGCUUGUUACAACUGGCAUUUUGUAUUCUCAUAUUCCAUCAUUGUUUCUAUUUAAUGUUAUUUUGUUACCUGAGCUGUAUGAAUUUGGCUGGGUGUCUGUUUUAAAAUAAAGUUGCCUGAUUUUGUUUUGAAUAA